AUGAACACGCCGCGAAGCAGCAACUGCGACCUUGCAGCCAAGAAAAGUAGGGCUACCUCAUGCACAAACUGCAGACAGGUCAAGUUGAAAUGCGACCUUAAGGAAAAGUACCCUAAUCCAUGUUCACGAUGUGCUGCAAACCGUCACGAAUGCCGAACCGAUGCCUCUUUUAAACGAGUUCCAGCCAGAAGCCGGAUCAAAGAUCUCGAAAGCCAGAUCGACCAGUUGAAACGUGACCGCGCCUUUAGCCAAGCGACUUCAACGACUUCAAUAGAGCACACGCCUGAACUCGAACGUCGAAGCUCUGAGAAUGGCCCUGCCAACGACCACUUGACAACGUAUGCCAUCUCCGAAGUGCUCUCUCGUGGCUCCCCGAGCAGUUCUGAUCUCAGUCGGACGGAAACACGGUGGCUCAACCUCGUAGAAUUGGAAGAGCCAUUACACUUCACUCUUGGAGGGAUCUCGAUACCGUUCGGACACGCCGUGGAACUCUUUCAACAUUUCGAACAACACUACUUCCCUCACUUUUGCAUACUCGAACCCAUCACCUCGCUUAAGCGGUUAUUCGAGGAGAGCCAGUUCUUAUUCCGGGCCAUCAUUCUUAUUGCCGCUCGAAGUCACGAAAGGCAUGUAACACUGGUCGAUAGCUGUCGACCCUAUCUCGACAGACUCCAGUUGACCAUUAUCGCUGAGGCUGUUCCAUCGCUGCUCAACCUACAAGCACUCUUACUACUUUGUGCUUUCCCUUUCCAGGAGUCAUGUCCUCUGUACAGAGAUUCCGGCUGGACGCAGCUGGGCCUGGCCAUUAAUGUGGCGAGACAAAUGGGUCUGGACAAAGGCAAAGAUGAGGCUCUCUAUGGAACUGGAACCGUACCGGACUCUUUGAACCGUCACGCUCGUCACUACCGGAACAUGACCUGGAUGAAGUGCUUUGAGCUGGAUGUUCAAAUGAGCUGCUGGCAUGGGCAUCUUCCUUCGCUUGUUGGCUCACAAUUUGUGAGGGUCACUGCGAACUUCUGCGAAACAACACCAUCACAUAAAUAUGCCGCCGUGGUAAGCGUGGAUGUCGAGCUAGCACAAGCCCUUGCAAGUCUCGAAGAUCCUGCCCAAGCGCACAGUAAACCUGUACGGACAUUCGUGGAGAGACUAAAUGUAGUUAAGACCAGGUGGUCUGCGGCAUGGACUCUGGACGCUGAGCUUGAGCUGCUGAUUGCAAAGUUGUAUCUCUAUGGUGCAUAUCUUUCUGGCCUGGAGCUUGCACCUAGAGGUGAUGAUAGCUUUACCUCAGAAACACUACAGGCGACCCGGAUCAUCGCAGUUCAGUUGGCCUCGCUCAUCACCAACCUCAGCGCAGAUGGCCAAGCGAAUGCGCUCAAACUUGGCUUUCUCCAAAAUUACGACCCUUUCCCGGGUCGUCCCAAGCACCACAUGCGAAGCGCAUUCUACACGGCAAUUGUACUGUUCAAGUACCUCGACGACGACCACAGAAUGACCGAAGAAGACAGAGAGACAGCACAUAAUGCCUUUGGAAGACUCUAUCAGAUGUUCUCGACUUGUUCGUCAACCAACGGCGGCACAGAUGCCAUGAACGCAGCACGCACACUGCAAGUGAUCGGAAAGGCCAUCGGGCAAGGAAGAGGGCACCUCAAAGCUCACGUCACGACAAGAAUGGGUGCUUCGUUGGUGCACAACGCUGUUUGGCUUGCGAGCCAAAUACAAGCCCAAGAAGCACAACAAGCGAACGAGAACGCCCUUCGAGUAUCGCCUUUACCGCCGAGACUUCCAGCAUCAGAAAACGCUUUCCUGAUCCCGCCACAUACGCAGCCAUACAACGUACCUUCUGAAGGCUAUAGUAGUUCGAACUACGCCGCCACGACCGCUGCUUUCGAGGAUGCCAUUUUCAGUGCGCCAGUAUGGGACGGCACAGCAGUCAGUCUGCCAAACCCAGAUUUUGCGGGCUAUGGGGUUUGGGAUAACAGUCUGUUUGACAAUUGGCAAACGAGUAUGCCGUAUCCGCCUGGAGUUGGUACCUGUACAUAG